GGCUGCAGGGGCCCCAAUGGUGUCUGGACUAUGGAAGAGAAAGGGCUCUCCCCAAAAUUCGACACCACCUUUGAGAAUGCCAGGCCCUCCAAGACUCACAUGGCGCUGCUGGGGCUGCAGAGAGUCGGAAUCCUGAAAUUCCUGGUCAGCCAGAACGUGGAUGGCCUGCACGUGCGUUCGGGAUUCCCACGGGACAAGCUGGCUGAGCUCCACGGGAACAUGUUUGUGGAAGAGUGCGUGAAAUGCGGCAAGCAGUACGUGAGGGAUGCCGUGGUGGGCAGCAUGGGGCUCAAACCCACCGGCCGGCUCUGCAGCGUCACCAAGGCCCGCGGGCUGAGGGCCUGCAGAGGGAAGUUACGAGACACUAUCCUGGACUGGGAAGAUUCCCUGCCCGACCGUGACCUCACGCUGGCAGAUGAAGCCUGCAGGAAAGCCGAUCUCUCUGUCACCCUUGGGACUUCCCUGCAGAUCAAACCCAGCGGGAACCUCCCGCUGAUCACCAAGAAGAGAGGAGGGAAGCUGGUCAUAGUCAACCUACAGGCAACCAAACACGACAGACAGGCCGACCUGCGCAUCCACGCCUACGUGGACGACGUGAUGACGAAGCUGAUGAAGCUCCUGGGGCUGGAGGUGCCCGAGUGGACGGGGCCGGUGGUGGUGGAGAGCGCGGAGCUGCCGAGGCCGGAGCAGCUCCUCACAUCCCCCGGGAAGUGGCUGAAGGAGGAGCCCAUCUCCCAGCACAACGGCACGGGAAUGCCGUGUCCCGGGAAUACGCCGUGUCCCGGGAAGGGGCUAGUGGAGCACCACGAGGGGCUGAAGCAGGAGUGUCCCAGCCCGGACACGGGGCUGCCGCCGGUGAAGAAGGUGAAGGUGGAGCCUCUCCUGAGCUGAGCCCCGGACUGUUCCCCCUCUCCAGACACUCGUCUGUGCCGCUUUUCCUACCGACUUUUUUUUUAUACCCUUAAAUAUUGUCCCUUUUUUUAUGUAAGUAUUAAACACACUUGAAGCACA